UGUUUUUCUAAAGUAGCACAGUUGUAUGUUAAUUUAUUCUUGUUUUUAAAUUGAAAAAAAAUAUUGUUCAAAAAUUUUAUUAUAACAAAUAAUGCGGUUUUAAUACUUUGAGGUACUUGCGUAAGUAAGUUUAAAAAUGGCGGAGAAAGCACAAACAUCAGGUACGUCGGCUCAACCGCUUGUGAAAAUAGGCCAUUACAUUCUUGGAGAAACCCUUGGUAUUGGAACUUUUGGCAAAGUAAAAACUGCUCGUCAUCAACUUACUGGUCACAAAGUAGCUGUAAAGAUUCUUAAUCGACAAAAAAUAAAAAAUCUUGAUGUCGUGGGAAAGAUCAGGAGGGAAAUCCAGAAUCUCAAACUUUUUCGACAUCCUCACAUCAUUAAAAUGUACCAGGUGAUCAGUACUCCAACUGACAUCUUUAUGAUCAUGGAAUUUGUGUCUGGUGGAGAAUUAUUUGAUUAUAUUGUUAAGCAUGGGAAAUUAAAGGAGUCCGAUGCUCGUAGGUUCUUCCAGCAGAUUAUUUCUGGUGUCGAUUAUUGUCACAGACACAUGGUUGUGCACAGAGAUUUGAAACCGGAAAACCUUUUGUUAGACAGCAGUCUUAAUGUGAAGAUUGCAGACUUUGGUCUUUCCAACAUGAUGAUGGAUGGAGAGUUUCUCUGUACGAGCUGCGGUUCACCAAACUAUGCUGCUCCUGAAGUUAUCUCUGGAAAGUUGUAUGCUGGACCAGAAGUAGAUAUUUGGAGCUGUGGGGUGAUUCUUUAUGCUCUGCUUUGUGGCACACUUCCUUUUGAUGAUGAACAUGUACCCACACUCUUCAGAAAAAUUAAAUCGGGAGCUUUUCCUAUCCCUGACUAUCUGAACAGGUCUGUUGUCAGUUUGUUAUGUCACAUGCUGCAGGUGGAUCCCAUGAAAAGAGCAACUAUUGAAGAUCUGAAAAAUCAUGAAUGGUUCAAGAAAGACCUCCCUGUUUACUUGUUCCCUUCACCAAAUGACACUGAUGCUUCAAUCAUUGACACUGAUGCUGUCUAUGAAGUUUGUGAAAAAUUUGGAGUUCAAGAAAAGGAAGUACAUAGUGCUUUGUUAAGUGGUGAUCCUCAUGAUCAAUUAGCUAUUGCUUAUCAUCUUAUCAUAGACAACAAACAGUAUGAAUCAAAAUGUGACAUUAAAGACUUUUAUCUGCCUUCGAGUCCUUCCUCUUCAAUAGGUGAAAUCCCUGGUAAACUUCAUCCAGAACAACUGAAAGGACGUCAACGUUGGCAGAGUGGGCCUGUUGGCAAUAACUCAGACAAAAACAAAGGAACUCCUGUCAAGAGGGCUAAGUGGCAUCUUGGUAUCAGGUCACAAAGCAAGCCAUAUGACAUUAUGAGUGAGGUGUACAGGGCAAUGAAAGCUUUGGAUUUUGUGAAGAUGAGCCUUCAGUUGUAUCAAGUAGAUUACAAAAGCUACCUACUAGAUUUCAAGUCCUUGGAGUGUGAUGAUAACCUGGACACAAAUUCAGUGGCUAGCUCUAUUGAUUCCACCAUCUUUAAUCAGUGUCAUCAUACUAUGGAAUUUUUUGAGAUGUGUGGAGCUCUUAUCACUCAGCUUGCUCGCUGACACUUGAAAGUUUUUUCCCUCCCCUUUUUGUUUUUAUUAGCUUAUGAGUAUGGUAACAUAGCAUGUAUUGAGAUUUUGGAAUAUAAAAAUAGAAUUUUUGACAAGGUUCAACCAAGAUACAACUUGUAUAAACUAUUUGUUGUAGCAGCUCUACAAACAUAAAGGGCAUUUUACAGGGAGUAUAAAGGAUACUAUAUUUUUUUGCAAUUAGAUGAAAAACACAAUAACAGUUUUGCUGAAGAACAAGGGAUUGCAGAUCACUAUAUUAGGUAGUAGAGUAAACCCAUGAAAAGUGUGGUGUAUAUGUCAAACACAUGCAGUUAGUUUGUCUUGUGUGAAAUAAUAGUUUGAAAUGUACAGACUGGAUGAACCAAUAACUUUAAUCUUUCUUUACAUGUAAGCAGUUAAAAGAACAAGUGUAUUUAUAAAUAUGUUCCACCACUUUGAACUGUUUAUUAAUAAAUACUCUCUACUUUUGUUAGAACAGCAAGUUUGAGCUUUAGGUAGGAACAUAAUUUCAAUGUCUCCUGUAUGAAAGUAAUUUUGAUUCAGAUUAUAAACAGUUGAAGCAAUUGUUUAUAUUUUGAAUAUAUCUGUACUGUAGGAAAGGAGAGAGGAUAAGAUGGAAUAUUUACUUACCCAGCUGUUUCCAAAGUUUAUAUACAUAUACACACACACACACACACACACACACACACACACACACUAUCUCUCUUUUAAUUAAACACAUGUCAAAUCACUGAAAAUACAAGUCCUGUAAAGAAAAUUGUUAUUUUGAAGUAAAUAGACCUUGAUUUUUAUUUGUUUGAUAUUAUAAAGUUGUCAACACACUAAAAUCAUCAUUUUAAUCAUCAUCAACCGAUGUAUUAUCCAUCAUUUCUGCAUCAAAUAUGCCAUCAGAGAUGAAACUAGUUUGUUAGAGUUGGUUCUGGCCAUGAACUAAUAUUGUUAAUUUGCACAUAUUUUGACAUUCCCAGUAAUUACAUAAUAAACAUCUAAAUUUAUGGUGAAAAUAUAAAGUGCCAUCUUGUAGCCAAAAUUGGGUUUAAUAAGCAUUGUAAGUUGUUAGGAUCAACACAUACAGUAUAUUUGAUUAUCUUUUGGUUAUGAACUAGUUCCAAUGCUAAAAUGAUCAAAAUAGACCAAAUAUGAACAGAUUUGAAUAGCUAUAUAAAUUUUAUGAAAAAGACUUGACAGUUUGUUUCAGUACAUGCCUGAUUACUUAAAACUUAUAAAACUAAGUUUAUACUGAUGUGUUAAAUGCCAAAAGUUACAUUUUCAACGUGUAUGAAUUUUAGUUAAAUUAUUCAUCUAAUCAUCCCUAAAACCUGUUACUAGCUGUAAAAACAAUAUGUAAUUUUUAGCUUGUCGUUGAGUAGUGAAUGGUUAUGAUUUUGUUUUUCUUUUUUCAUACCUUCUUUUCCUUCCUUGUAAUACUGCUUGUUCUACCAGGAUGGUGCUAAACCUGAUUAAUCUUUGGAAAAAUAACUGUUUUUUAUAGUUUUACAAAUGUCAGUUUAUUUUUAGAACUUCUCUUUUAUUAUAUUGCUUAUCUAAUGAGAAAUUUAAAUUUGUUAGGAUCAACUAUUUAGUACCUUGAAUUUUGGGUUUUAGUUUUUGGGUCUUAGGAUCUGUGUAGCAAGAUAUUUUGUACAUAAGUGUAAAUGAAAAACAAAUAAAAUGUGCAUUAUUGUACAA